AUGGCAGAUAGUUUAAAAACUUUAUUGAAGAAGCGUAGUUCGAUAAAAUCAAAGCUUACAAUUUACAACAAUUAUUUAAAUUUAAUUAAAAGUAGUUCUGAUAUUUCUGAGCUGCAACGUCUAGACUUAGCGGAGCGUUUUAAUAAAUACGAAACCUUAUAUUCAGAAUUUGAUGAAUUACAGACAAACAUAGAAGUGCUUGCCGAUGAUGCGGGGUCUACGUUGGUUGAGCGUGAGGACUUUGACCGUCAGUUCUUCAAUCUGGUGGCCAUCACGCGCAGCUUGCUCGGUGCUUCGUCCAACGGUGCUGGGUCAGAGGCGGGCUUCAGAGAUGCUGACUCAGGUGCUCACUGUUUAAAUAAGAAUAGUUUUAUUCGUUUGCCUAAAAUAGAUUUACCACAUUUCGAUGGGAACUACCAGUGCUGGCUCGAAUUUCGAGAUACAUUUACGUCAUUAAUACACGAUAACUCUAGUAUCAAUGAAAUAAACAAGUUCCACUAUUUGCGCGCUUCAUUGCAGGGAAACGCAGCCUUAGUUAUUAAAAAUAUUGAUUUUAAAGGCGAUCAUUAUAAAAUUGCAUGGGACAUGUUGUGUGAGCGGUAUAACAACAACCGUCUCCUUGUCAAUAAUCAUAUGCAAGCUUUGUUUGAUAUCGAUCCUAUAGUCAAGGAGUCAAGUGUCUCAAUCAGAAACCUGGUAGAUACACUUAAUGUAAUGUAA